CUGCGCUGGGAGAGCCCACUGCGGGCGGGGGGGCCGUUCCGGUACCCGGAGCGCGGCGGAGCUCCGGCGGUGCCAGGAUAGCGGGAUCGCCGCGAUCUGCGGGAUCGCCGGGAUAAGCGGGACCCCCGGCCCGGGCCGAUGCCGAGCGGCAGCUGACGGCGGCGGGCACGCGGAAAUGGAGCGGCGGCCGGGCCGGGCCGUGCGGGCGCUGUGCGGCCUCUCCCUCGUUCUGCUGCUGCUGCCGCCGCAUCCCGGGAGCGCCGAGCGGGCCCCCGGAUCGCACCUGGACGACACGGCCAUCGCAGAGUUCUGCCGCAUCGACCAGCCGCUGUGCCACGACGAGGACGAGCAGCUGAGCUUCGAGGCCGUCAGGAACAUCCACAAGCAGAUGGACGACGACGCCAACGGCAACGUGGACGUGGAGGAGAGCGACGAGUUCUUGAGGGAGGACUUGAAUUACCACGACCCAGCAGUCAAGCACAGCACCUUCCAUGGAGAGGACAAGCUCAUCAGUGUGGAAGAUCUUUGGAAGGCCUGGAAAACAUCUGAAGUGUAUAACUGGACGGUGGACGAGGUGGUUCAGUGGCUCAUCACCUACGUGGAGCUGCCCCAGUACGAGGAGACCUUCCGAAAGCUGCAGCUGAGCGGCCACGCCAUGCCCAGGCUGGCAGUGAACAAUGCCACCAUGAUGGGCACUGUGCUCAAGAUGACCGACCGCAGCCACCGGCAGAAGCUGCAGCUCAAGGCCCUGGACACGGUGCUCUUCGGGCCCCCUCUCUUGACCCGACACAACCACCUGAAGGAUUUCAUGCUGGUGGUGUCCAUCGUCAUCGGGGUGGGCGGCUGCUGGUUCGCCUACAUCCAGAACCGCUACUCCAAGGAGCACAUGAAGAAGAUGAUGAAGGACCUGGAGGGUCUCCACAGAGCUGAGCAGUCUCUCCACGACCUUCAGGAGCGGCUGCAGAAGGCGCAGGAGGAGCAUCGCUCCGUGGAGGUGGAGAAGGUGCACCUGGAGAAGAAGCUGCAGGACGAGAUCAGCAUGGCCAAGCAGGAGGCCCACCGGCUGCGGGAGCUGCGCGAGGGCACCGAGAACGAGCUCAGCCGGCAGAAGUACGCGGAGCAGGAGCUGGAGCAGGUCCGGAUGGCGCUGAAGAACGCGGAGAAGGAGCUGGAGUCCCACUGCAGCUGGGCUGCCCCCGAGGCCCUGCAGAAGUGGCUCCAGCUGACCCACGAGGUGGAGGUCCAGUACUACAACAUCAAGAAGCAGAACGCGGAGAAGCAGCUGCUGGUGGCCAAGGAAGGGGCUGAGAAGAUCAAGAAGAAGCGGAACACGCUGUUUGGGACGUUCCACGUCGCUCACAGCUCCUCCCUGGACGACGUGGAUCACAAGAUCUUAACUGCAAAGCAGGCCCUGAGCGAGGUGACGGCGGCGCUGCGGGAGCGGCUGCACCGCUGGCAGCAGAUCGAGCUGCUCUGCGGCUUCCAGAUCGUCAACAACCCGGGGCUGCACAGCCUGGCCUCGGCCCUCAACAUCGACCCCGGCUGGGUGGGCACCCCCCGGCCCAACCCCUCCCACUUCAUCAUGACCGACGACGUGGACGACCUGGACGAGGAGAUCGUGUCCCCCAUGUCCAUCCAAUACGCAGCCUGGCUUUUCGGGCGCCGCUUCAGCGACCGCUCCUCGCUGUCCUCGGAGGAUCAGUCCCUCUGGAAAUACCCUGCUCCUGCCCUGCCCAGCACGGUCCGGCAGCGCCUGGUGGACGCCCAGCACGGCCACGGAUCGCAGAGGUUGGUAGAGGGUUCCGUGCCCGGGCAGCCCGAGCCGGGCCCCGCGGCGCCGUUCCGGGCGGGCCGAGCGUCCCUGCGCCGAAUGCCGAGCCUCUCCUCCGGACAGUCCUUCAGCUGCGACCUGCCCGGCGCCGGCCCAUCGCCUGCCUCCACCUCCUCCACCUCCUGCUCCUCAUCCACCACCACCGCUGCUCCUGCUUGCCAUGUCCACCCUGUCUAUUACCAUCACACCACCUCUUAUUUCCUCCAGAUGGACUCCACCCCCGACCUGCCCCCUCCUGAUGUCACCUCUGGAGUUCGCUGUCGCACUGGGAGCUUUGGAGACUUGACUCGCUCCGACUCCGACUCCUCCAUCCCGCACCUGAGCGACCACCAGCGUAUUCCCAGCUCGGCCCCCAAGCUCCUGGCUGCCCGGCCCACGCUGCUGACCCGCUCCGUGGAGGAGGCUGUCCCCGGCCACCCGGGCCCCGCCGCGCCCACCCCCAACGGCGGCAGCCGGCACGCGGAGCCCCCCGGGCCGGGGCCUUUGCCGGAGCGGCUGCCCGAGAGCCCCAUGGCGAUGAAGAAGAUGAUGAUGGUGAACCACGGCAUGGAGAAGUCCUCCAGCCUGGGGGAGAUCAGCCACCCGACGGCCGGCAAGCCCAGCCACUCGGAUUCGUCGCGGUCGCACAGCCCCAGCUCCCCCGACCCCGACACCCCCUCCCCCAUCUCUGACUGCCGGCCCCCCGGCGCCAAGAGCACCCGCAUCCCGCAGCUGGCCGCCAAGAAGAGCCCGGGGGACGAGGACAGCAGCCUCACGGGCGACGAGGUUGACCCCGGCCAGAGCAAGAAAAAGUUCCCCCUAAAGAUCUUCAAGAAGCCCAAGAAGUAGCGGGGGGGGAGCCCCCAGGAGCGCGUCCCGCCGGGCCCGGGGCCGGAUCGCACCGGGAACGCAGCGCGGCCCCGGCACCCGCCGCCCUCCCUCCGCACCCGAGUCCGGCACGGGGGGAGCUAUUUAAACUUAUUUAUUUCCCGAUCUCCGAGAAGAAAAACCGCGCCGCCGCCGGCUCCCCCGGGAGAACAGCCCCCCUCCCUCCCCGCUGCGCUCCCGGCUUUGCUGUGCAUGGCUUCCAGUUACUCCUGCUCCGCUCAGCCACGCGGCCUUUGGGUUUGGUUUCAAUGUGGUUUUGUUUUUUUAUUUUA